AUGCUAUGGUUACAGGACAGUGAUGGUGGCGGUCACGAUGACGGUGACGGUCACAAUGACAGUAAAGAUGAUAGUGACGGGGACGGUGACGGUGACGGUGAUGGUGACGGUGACGGUGCCGGUGAUGGUGAUGGUGACGGUGACCGUGACGUUAAUGGUAACGAUAAUGAUGACGGAGACGGUAACGAUGAUGGUGACGGGGACGGUGACGGUGACGGUGCCGGUGAUGGUGACGGUGACCGUGAUGUUAACGGUAACGAUAAUGAUAACGGUGACGAUAACGAUGAUGGUGACGGGGACGGUGAUGGUGACGGUGACGGUGAUGGUGACGGUGGCAGUGACGGCGAUGGUGACAGUGAUGAUGACGGUGACGGUGACGGUAACGAUGAUGGUGACAAGGACGGUGAUGGUGACGGUGAUGGUGACCGUGACGAGGACGGUGACGGUGACGGUGACCGUUAUGGCGACCUUGGCGGUGAUGAGAUGCUCAAAUACCAAAUUCAUGCAUUGGGUCGCAAAUCAUUUGGAGGAGUCAGAAGUUUUGGUUAUUAA